AUGGCGGCUACAAAACCUCAAAAAACUGGUCUAAUCGUUGGUCUUAAUAAAGGCCAUGUUGUUACGCCACGUGAAUUACGUGCUAAACCCUCCCAAAGGAAAGGAAAACUCUCACAGCGUGUGAAAUUUGUGCGUGAUGUGAUCCGCGAGGUAGCAGGAUUUGCACCAUACGAGCGUCGUGUCAUGGAAUUGUUGAAAAACUCGAAGGAUAAGCGUGCAAGAAAAUUAGCAAAGAAAAGAAGAAAAGUCGAAGAGCUUAGUAAUAUCAUCGCUGAAUCCCGUCGUAAAGAAAAAUAG